UCAGCAAGCAAAUAAUAUUCUUUCUCAGUGCAAACCCUUUGUUCAAGAAACCUUAAGCUUAAGAAGAGUCUUCACUUCCUUCAUCAUCUCUCUCCCUUCGUCGUUGUUCGAUCCGUACAUCAAAAGGUUUUUGAGGUUAGCUUAAAGGUGCAAUGGGAGAUAGUCAGUACUCGUUUUCUCUCACUACGUUCAGCCCAUCAGGGAAGCUGGUUCAGAUAGAACAUGCUCUAACAGCUGUUGGAUCAGGCCAAACAUCUCUGGGGAUCAAAGCUUCAAACGGAGUUGUCAUUGCUACAGAAAAGAAGCUUCCCUCUAUUCUUGUCGAUGAAGCUUCUGUUCAAAAGAUUCAGCAUUUGACUCCCAACAUUGGAGUUGUUUACAGUGGUAUGGGUCCUGAUUUCCGAGUUCUUGUACGUAAGAGUAGGAAGCAGGCUGAGCAAUACAACCGAUUGUACAAAGAACCUAUCCCUGUUACGCAACUUGUUAGGGAAACAGCUACGGUGAUGCAAGAGUUCACUCAAUCAGGUGGUGUGAGACCGUUUGGAGUUUCACUACUAGUGGCUGGGUAUGAUGACAAGGGUCCACAGUUGUAUCAGGUCGAUCCGUCUGGCUCUUAUUUCUCAUGGAAAGCUUCAGCAAUGGGAAAGAAUGUUUCGAAUGCGAAGACAUUCCUUGAGAAGAGGUACACUGAAGACAUGGAACUUGAUGAUGCCAUUCACACUGCCAUAUUGACAUUGAAGGAAGGUUUCGAGGGAGAAAUCUCAAGCAAAAACAUUGAGAUUGGCAAAAUUGGUGCUGACAAAGUGUUUAGGGUGCUAACUCCAGCAGAAAUCGAUGAUUACUUGGCUGAAGUGGAGUAAACUUUCAGUUGGCCGUGCAACAAACCAGGAUUCGAAUCACAAAUACUAUAUUUUGUUUCUUCUUGCUGGGUUUCACAAACUUGUUGGCUAUUACUUCUGUAACUUCUUUGGAACUUGUCAUGUCUCAAAACUCAAUUUAGAAUCUGUUUUCAUUUGUUUCGAUA